GUUUCAUUUUUACCCGGACUAUAUUAGCUGUAACACCAAACAAAUUGUCAAUUUAACACGUGCGGGAUAUUUUCUUUAUGUUUCAGCGUUAUAUACCCAUAAGAUUAUAUCGAAAUCACAUAUACUGAAUCAAAAUGGUGGGGAAAAUUAAACGGAUCCGGCAGAAGCUCCAUCACGGCGCUGUAAAGCUGGAAAAUGAGCAUGAAAAUAGACCCAUGCUUGGGAAUCUGGAGAAGAUAGCUAUCCAACCCAUUCAACUCACAAAAACAGAUUCAAAACAGCCCAAAACCAACGCAUCGGACAGUAGUAUAAAAAAUAAUUCAAAGGCUUUCAAUUUUCCCACUGGAGUUUUUGCUGGAACUAAAAUCUCCCCUGAGUCUUUAGUUCAAACACUGAAAGUUGAUGAACCAUCAAAUGUGACUGCAAAUAAACAGUCUGCAGGAGAACAGAAAGGCACGGGGGAAAAGAAACAUCAGUCGAAGAAAGAAAAAAUGAAGGAGCGGAGGGAAAGAUGGCUCAACAAGAUCAGUGCGAUCAAACUGGCCCGCGAACAGCAGGUGGCACAAGCGCGGAGGAAGGCCACGCCCGUUGUGGGCGACAUGAGGCCACUGGCCGACGCUCUUCCUGAACUUUCCCAGCUCCUCCCAUCUUUCAAAACCCCUGGCAGUGCACGCCGGAAAAAUAAAGUUUCAGUUAAGAAGAAGCCAGAACCCACAGACUUCACCCAGAUGAAACCAGCCCAGAAACGAAAGCUACUCGAGACGGAAGCAUCUCACUUCAAUGAAGCCAUGAAAAAUCGCACCUUCAAGACCAACCCUUUGGCUGCAAUUGGUGAUCAUCUGCGAAAACGUCUCAAACAGGAAGAGGAACAGAGUUAAUCGCAACUCUGGAGCACCGCCCUCUUGUUAGACUACAAAAACUGUAUCUUAUUAUAUGCUGGUACAUCGAAACAAAUGAAUCCAGUCAAAUCUAUUUUGUACUUCAUAAUAGAUUAUGAAAGCGAAGAGGAAUCCCAAGAUUUGCAUAAUUUGCAUUAUCUGGCACUUGAUAAACACUAUGUAAACAGUGUAUUGCAGUUCCUCUGUGUAAUUUCAAAAAUGAGUCUAAGUGUAAAAUAAAUUGUUUAGGUGAUCAUGUUAUCAGAUAUUUAAUGUGUGUUUUCACUCUGUCUAUUUCACAUGCUUUUGGCAAGAUUGAAAUAAAUCCAGUGGAAAAUGA